AGUUCUUCCCACCGCUCUCCUGCCUGGAAGUGCUGACAGAUCAAGGCAACAAAUUUCAAUUACAAUCCCUAAUUUGUGUCCGCAGAGUGUUUUUUACCCAUGCUAGUCCUCUCAGGCGCAUCAGUCGAGGCAGAUCUUGGAGCAGGAGGAGGAGGUGGAGGGGGUGGGAGCGAAGGAGUGCAUCAGUGAGAGCGCGCGCGAGAGAGACCCGGGGAAGGAAACUUGGCGGGCGCGUCACUGGCUUCUCGGAUCCCGACACCAGCGCGAGGAAGAAAACGCCAAAGCUGUCCUUGCCCGCGGCGGGGAAGGGGGCAGAGCUCGGUUUUGGUGGGGAGGAGAGCGAGUGCGCGAGUGUGCCCGCGCGAGUGUAUAUGAGAGAGGGGCGGGCGGGCGCCGGGCGGCGGGGAUGGCCGAGAAGCGGAGGGGUUCGCCCUGCAGCAUGCUGAGUCUCAAGGCGCACGCCUUCUCAGUGGAGGCGCUCAUCGGCGCCGAGAAGCAGCAACAGCUUCAGAAGAAGCGGCUAAAGCUGGGCGCAGAGGACGCGGCCGGGCCGGCAGACGACGGAGGCUGUAGCCGCGGAGGCAGUGGCGGCGGCGCGGGUGAAAAGGGCUCCUCGGAGCGAGAGGAAGGCGCAGCGCUCCCGCCGCCAGCUGGGGCGGCGUCCGCGCCGGGCCGGAGCUGCUCAGACUUGGAGGGGAGCUGCGGCUCCCGCGGCGCCGUGGGCAACUGUGAGGACGGCUUCCUACGGGGCGCUUCGCCUCUGGCGUCCCCCGGAGGCUCCCCAAAGGGGUCCCCCGCGCCCGCCCUAGCCCGGCCCGGGACCCCGCUGCCUUCACCGCAGACCCCGCGGGUGGAUCUGCAGGGAGCUGAGCUCUGGAAGCGCUUUCACGAGAUUGGCACGGAGAUGAUCAUCACCAAGGCGGGCAGGCGCAUGUUUCCAGCAAUGAGAGUGAAGAUCUCUGGAUUAGAUCCUCACCAGCAAUAUUACAUUGCCAUGGAUAUUGUGCCAGUGGACAACAAAAGAUACAGGUAUGUUUACCACAGCUCUAAAUGGAUGGUGGCGGGUAACGCAGACUCCCCUGUGCCACCCCGAGUGUACAUUCAUCCAGACUCGCCUGCCUCCGGGGAGACUUGGAUGAGACAAGUGAUCAGCUUUGACAAGCUGAAGCUCACCAACAAUGAACUGGAUGACCAAGGCCAUAUUAUUCUUCAUUCUAUGCAUAAAUACCAACCUCGAGUGCAUGUCAUCCGUAAAGACUGUGGAGAUGAUCUUUCUCCCAUCAAGCCUGUCCCAUCCGGGGAGGGAGUGAAGGCCUUCUCCUUUCCAGAAACUGUCUUCACAACGGUCACUGCUUACCAGAAUCAGCAGAUUACUCGGCUGAAGAUAGAUAGAAACCCAUUUGCCAAAGGCUUCCGAGACUCUGGGCGUAACAGAAUGGGUUUGGAAGCCCUGGUGGAGUCAUACGCAUUCUGGAGACCUUCAUUACGGACUCUCACCUUUGAAGAUAUCCCUGGAAUUCCCAAGCAAGGCAAUGCAAGCUCUUCCACCUUACUCCAGAGUUCUGGGAAUGCUGUCCCUGCCACCCACCCUCACCUUUUGUCUGGCUCCUCUUGCUCCUCUCCUGCCUUUCAUCUGGGGCCUAACACCAGCCAACUGUGUAGUCUGGCUCCGGCUGACUAUUCCACCUGCGCCCGCUCAGGCCUUGCCCUCAACCGAUACAGCACAUCCUUGGCGGAGACCUACAACAGGCUCACAAACCAGUCCGGCGAGACCUUCGCCCCACCAAGGACUCCUUCCUAUGUGGGCGUGAGCAGCAGCACCUCCGUGAACAUGUCCAUGGGUGGCACUGAUGGCGACACCUUCAGCUGCCCACAGACCAGCUUGUCCAUGCAGAUUUCGGGGAUGUCACCUCAGCUCCAGUAUAUCAUGCCUUCACCCUCCACCAACGCCUUUGCUACUAACCAGACCCAUCAGGGCUCCUAUAACACUUUCAGGUUGCACAGUCCCUGUGCUUUGUAUGGAUAUAACUUCUCCACAUCCCCUAAACUGGCUGCCAGCCCUGAGAAAAUUGUUUCUUCCCAAGGAAGUUUCUUGGGAUCCUCACCGAGUGGGACCAUGACUGAUCGGCAGAUGUUGCCCCCUGUGGAAGGAGUGCACCUGCUUAGCAGUGGGGGUCAGCAGAGUUUCUUUGACUCCAGGACCCUAGGAAGCUUAACUCUGUCAUCAUCUCAAGUGUCUGCACAUAUGGUCUGAUGCAACCUCUAAGUUAAAAUACAUUUGAAUCUGUCUAAUGUAUUUUCUUCCUUCUUUUUUUAAAGCAAGGUGGAAAGAAAGCUAUCUGUAGCUUGUAAAAUGUACAUAUAAUAGAAAAUGAAGGCUCACUGAGAUUUUUUACUUUCUCAUGGUGAGAUUGUAAUUAUCUUUGGUAUGUAUGUAGACUGUAUAUACAUGGCAUGUGGAGUAUCGCAGCCUCUAUUAUUUCUCCUUGUUCAUCCUCAUUCAUCCGGGGGCACAGUGUAUUGGCAUUCAUGCAGUAUUUUUAACCAUCAUUCUCUGACUCAUUUCAAAACUUGGCGAUGAUACUAACCAGAUGAAGACUUAUAACUUAAUUUGUCAGAAAAAUGUUCUAAACAGUUCCAUACUUGAGUGUUGAUAACCAGCAGUAACCAGCAUAUCGAAUUUUGUGAUUUAUGUUAUUCUUGGACACAGUGUGAAAACCAAAAGUACAAAAUCCAGUUGGAGUCUUAGUCUUAGUUCUGAGGCAUUUGUAAUCAUGAAGGAUUAGCUUUUGCAUUCCUGCUUGUUUUUAUUUACCACAGAUAUUAUAUGACCUUGGGUCUGUAAAAACUCAUAACCCAUAAUAAUUGCUAUUUUCUUAAGGAAGGUGGAGGAGAGGCUUGUGAAUUUUUUCACUUUCCAUUGAGCAUAUAAGUGGUACUUACUCAUCCGCAGAGAAUGAAUUUCCAGUGUUUUGAAUUUUUUUGCCAGUUUAUUUACUUUAUCAAAUAGACCAUUAAAAAUGUUCUAUAAACAUUUUUUAAAUCUGGUUUUCACCAGGGAAGGAAAAUGUGAUAUGAAUGAUAUGGCAAUAAGAAAAUAAAUCCACCUCAAAUUCUAUGAUUCCAAAGAGAAAUAUCUCUUUUUAAAUCUAGAGGAAUAAUACUGUUAACCAUCCCUUGAUUUAUGUAUAGUUUGUUUUUUAAUUUAGGGUACUUCUUCAGCUAGCUUUGAGCUUCCUGAUCUACACUCUAUAUGUAAGGAAAAAGCAUUUAUGCUACUUAUGUCUCCUAACUCUUGCAGAUUGAGAUCUCCCUCCUGAACCUUGUUCCCUGACUGAGUCUUUCCCCAGAUAGGUUCAGGGCCUUUAUGGUGUUAAAUAACCCAGUAAGGAAUUUAAGGGGGUUAUCUUCAGCAAUCUGUCUUUUUGGGGUUGUAGUACGAAGGCCAAAGCCCAUUACAAUAAAGGCCCUCUUGGAGGACUAAAGAGGAAGAUACUAAUUAUGAUAGAGGCGCUAUAAAACUAUUAACCUAACCUGAGAACUGCAGAAAUGAAAACGUUACUUUUUCUAAAUCCCUAAAGUAAUGUAUCAGUGGCUUAAGAGUUCAAAACAAGUAGCUUUGAUAGCACAUUGCAAGUUAAACAGAAAAGGGUAAGAGGGGGUGAUGAGGUGCAUUCCCCUUCUAUCGAGAAAUCAAAAUGAUGUGUUUUCCCCUCACCUCAGUAUCUUUCAUAUACUCAACAAGUGAAAAGACUGUGCUUUCCUUAAAAUGCUAAACAGGAUUGUUCUAACGAAUCCUUAGUUUAAAUGAUUUAGCUCCUGAUUUCCUUCUUUACUUUAAAAUAGUGUGAGUGUGAUAUAUUUAGGGGAAUAUACUGUUUGAACAGAAUUUGCACAGGAUGUGACUCUAGAGAAACUGAUAAAUUGCCUUAUGGGUUCCGCAUUGGUUCAUCAAACUAGUAUCCAUUUUUAAAUUUAAUAAUAGCAUGAAGGGACAUAAAAUAUCUGCAAUAGGUAGAUCCAUUUAAGACAUUUGUAUGUGAUACUAAUAGCUUGACAAAGAUUUGGGAAAAGGUUUUGAGAAUGAGUUUGUCCCAGUCUUGAUGCUUGAUAAAAUUUAAGGAAAAAAGAGGCCUUUUCAGCUUGUGGAAACAUGGAAAGAAUAUCUAUAUACUUGUAUGUACUAAUUAGGAGAAUAUCUUCCUUUUUGUUGUUGGUAACUUGAGAUAACAUCACAAUGUGAGUGGAAUUUCUUACAAAUUUUUGGGGGGAUAAAAUUCAGCAGUAUUGUAUAAAUGCUGUUUCCAUUGGGUUUUACUGUAAAUAUCAAUCACCAUGUCAUUCAAAGACUAGCUUUUUAUCAUUAUAUUAAAUGGCAUACGUACAUUGAUAAUUAUAUGUCUGUAUUUUAUUAAAAAUGCUUAAGAAACUAUAUUAAAGUGUGUUAUUAAGCCA